UCUCUCUUAUUUAUUUUCUCUUUGCCUCAGUUUGAAUAAAUAAAAUACACUGAGCAUGCUGUUAGUUCUUUCCCUAUUUGCGUGUAUUAGUUGAUUCCAUUCACUUGAUAGUAUCGUUUUGGGUUUAGUCAUGAUGCUCCUCCAUUUUUGAACUUUAUGAUCAGUUAUGGUCUCUAGAUAUAAAAGCUUUCUCUUAAGUCCGUAUGCUUAAAAACAUUCCCUUUUAGUCUCUGCACAUAUUAGUUUUUAUCCCUUUUAGUCCUUGCCGUAGGGACUAAAAAAUAUAUUUAAAAUGGUAUGUAUAGAAACCAAAAGUUCAUAUUUUUAAGUAUAGGGUCUAAAAGGAAAAUUUAUUAUAAGUAUAAGGACCAAAUGAGUAAUUAAACCUAAAAUAUAUACUGAUCUCAUUUGUUUGCUGGCAUAGUUAUUUGUUGGAUCAUGAUGUGUCCCCAUUUUUGUAACCUCUGAUUCAUGGUUUAUUAACUAGGAGAUAUCUUAGGGCAAGUCCUGGCAAAACGGUAAAGUUGCGUCUUGGGGACCAGUUGGUCAUGGACACGAAUCCGGAAUCAGACUAUUUGCAUACGCCAGGAGAUGGGUACUUCUUAUUUAGCUAAAAACCAAGAUGAUGACAUCAAAUCUCUAUGGAAUUAUGUUACAAAGAUAAAACGUGCAAGAGGUAGUGGCCAUGAAAUUAAAUGCAAUCUAUGUGGACUGAAUUUUACUGGGUGUUACACUAGAGUAAGGGACACUUGUUAAAGGUGAGAAGAAAAGGAGUUAGAGUUUGUGAAAACGUAACUCCAUCAAGACUUAUUGAGUUUAAAAAUAUUGACAAUGAGGCUACUGCACUAAGAGUACAGAAGUCAAAGGCAAAAUCUAUCUCUUCCCGUCCAUUUCUAAUGAAAACCAAGAGAAAAACAUUAGUGUUGAUCCAAGAAAAAAGAAAGAGAUCUAGAGAGACUCUUGAUUAUGAAAUUGCAAAGGAUGAAGUUCAUCCUACUAUAGUUCAAAAUGACCCUCCUAUCAUUGAAAGAUGUGAGGGCGAUGAUAUCAAACUAGAAUCAGUAUCCACUAGCGAACUUCAAUCUGUAGACUUUUCUUCCAGCAUUACAGGUUCUGAUUCAGAUGAUCCCUUCGAUCAAGUUGAUAAAAAAUUCUCUGUAUGUGGCAAGGAAACCAUGUCAUCUGGGGCAUGUUCUGGAGAUGCGUCUCUAACAUCUAUUAGAGAUGCCAUAGGUGCCUUGGAGCUGUUAAUGAUUAGGGACUUAUCUGAAGUCUCUUCUGAUCCUGUCAUGCAGCCUCAACUUAGUCACUUCUUGGAUCUAUUGACUACAAGUAGCCAUCCAAAGGUGACAGUAGAGUUAGGCACUCUUUUUGUGUUCAAGAGAAUGGCCUUUGCUUCAUUCCAAGAAUUCCAAGCUACUGUUGAGUCUGUGAACAAACUGAAGAACUUUGAGAAGCAAAAUGCCAGAAUUCAGAAGGAGACUUCAGCAGGAAAAAGUAAGUGGAAGGAUAUCAAACACUCAAUAAAGAAGGCUUGUUUGGCCAUCAAGGCUGGAAACAGUAGGAAGAAGGAGCUAGAGGCAGAAAUUGCAACUUUAAGGGAACAAAUAGCUAUCAAAGAAAUGGAUUUUGAACAACUUGUGUUGAAUGUCAAGUAUUUGGAGGAAGAACUGUCCACCAAUGUGAUGAAUUGUAAUUCUCUAGACGAGAAAGCUCAAGCACUGUGUAAAGAUGCUGAUGAUCUACUUGCUGCAAACAGUGGAGUAGAGGAUGAGGGUAAAGUUGCUGAAGUAAAGCAGAAUAUACUCAACUCAACCUGGUCCACUGACCUAAGAAGCCAGCUUCGUAAGAUUAAGAAUACCAUUCUUGGCCUGUCUGAUUAAGCUUUAAUUUUUGUUUCUUCUAACCACUUUAUCAAGAACAACAAAGAAAGCACCAUGACAGUGGUGCUGUGUUUUUAUUAAAUCAUGCUUGCCUAUGCAUUCUGCUUCAUUUGUAAA